AUGAAAUUGAUCAACAAAGCAGUCGAAAAGGAUUCUUCAGGAUUUGUCACAUUACUUCCUGAAGAACUGGAAGACAUGUGGCAUGUGUAUAACCUUAUAUCCAAAGGUGAUAUGAUUAAAGCAACUACGAUUCGCCGACUGCAGUCCGAGAGUUCGACGGGUUCAAGCACAAGUCAACGUAUACGACUGACACUGACUAUCACUGUCGAAAACGUCGAUUUUGAUCCUGUUGUCGGCUUAUUGCGUAUCAAUGGUAGAGUGUCGAGUGAAAAUACAUUUGUCAAGAUGGGUAGUUAUCAUACCAUCGAUCUUGAGCUCAAUAGAAACUUUACAUUGUUCAAACCCGAAUGGGACACGAUCGCUUUAGAAAGAGUCGAUGAUGCCUGCGAUGUAACGAAACAAGCGGAUGUAGCUGCGGUUGUCUGUCAGGAAGGAUUAGCCAAUCUGUGUUUCUUGACUCAGCAUAUGACAGUUGUUCGUCAGCGUAUAGAGACACCUAUCCCCAGAAAACGAAAGGGUUCGGUGGCAAACCAUGAAAAGGGUUUAGAAAAGUUUUAUGAGCAAAUAUACCAAGCCAUUCUUCGACACGUUCACUUUGAUAUUGUCAAAGCGAUCAUCAUUGCCAGUCCAGGGUUCGUCAAGGACCAAUUGUACAAUUACAUUUUUGAUCAAGCAGUGAAAACCGGUAACAAGACCGUACUAGAAAGUAAAUCCAAGUUUAUCCUGAUCCAUUGUUCCAACGGACACAAGCAUGCACUAACUGAAAUCAUGCAAGAUCCAACCCUCCAAGUGAAACUGGCAGAUACGAAAGCAGCUCGUGAGGUGCAGGCGCUCGACAAGUUUUAUGAAAUGAUGAAUAUGGAUCCUGAUAGAGCAUUUUAUGGAUUUGAUCAUGUUUCCAAGGCCAAUGAAAGAGGCGCAGUGGGUACACUGUUAGUGACAGAUGAACUCUUUCGGUCUGCAGAUAUUGAUACACGAAAGAAGUAUGUGGCGCUAGUGGAGCAAGUUCGUGCACAGAAUGGUAAUGUCUAUGUGUUUUCAAGCAUGCAUGCGUCAGGAGAACAAUUGAAUCAAUUGACAGGAGUGGCGGCCAUAUUGAAUUUCCCUGUGCCUGAUAUUGACGAAGAAGAUGAAUGA